GCCGGUGCCAGCCAAUAAAAAAGUGCGAUUUUCAAAUUUCGUUUCAUUAUUGCUGCGUGGUGUGUGUAUAAUUUAGGAGUAAAUUUAGAGAAAAUUCUGUACAUUUUUCGAACCAAAAUGAAAUCGACUGUGAUUUGUGUUAUUUCCAUAAUUUUCGUUUUAGUUAUUAUUCAAGAAUCGACUGCACAAGAUAUACGAUUGAUCGCUAUCAAUUAUCUCUUCUCGUCACUUCCUAAAUGUCCCGCCACCAUACCUCAACAAUUCGCUUUCGCUGUAGAGACAGUCGUGUCUAUAAUUGAUAAAACGCUAGGACACUUCAAAGACACUGUCUUAAAUAUUACAGCAUGCCACAGCUUGUCCUGUCUGAGAAAAACAGCAUCUGAAUUAGUUCAUGGAUUUGAUCUAAUAAGCAGAAUAAUUCUGGAAUAUUUUCAACAAUUCAGCCAACAAGUCCUUUGGUUCGGAUACUGUUUAGGAGUUAUUGGUGUUAAAAUUGCUUUCCCAUGUACCAGAUUCAUUCUCUAAAAGUUUAAAAGAAUACAACGUUUUUAAGA